ACAGUUGAAGGAACUCCAAGACAGACAAAAUGCUUUGCUAGAUCUGCAGCGUCGUGCUGAAAAUCAGUUAAAAGAAGCUGAAGCAGAGGUACUUUAUAGUUAAUAUUCAUCGCCGCAGAAUGUGCAUUUAACGUACAGUUAAAAUAUCCCUAGUUUUGUUUAUCCGUAUUCACCAUACUGUAGUUUCACCGUUUCAUUAAAAUUGUGUAUUAAUUUAUGGUUGCAUGCUUGUUAAUUUUAACUUGCUUAUCGAUUUUUCUUUCCUGAAUAUUUUCUCUUGUUUCUAGGGAAGGCGUAUUUCAAGUCUGAUGACGAAUGGGCAAGCGAUCGAUAAUGGGAGUGUUAGUGAUAGGAGUAGAAGUGGCACUGAGAGAUCAGAUGAGUCCCGUUCUUCCCAGGUAAUUUACUGUUGAAAAUACGAUUAAAAUCAUUGAGUAUACCAUAGAUGUUUAUUGUGUAGAAAGAAAUGAAGAAAAGAAAGGACGGGAGGAAAGAACGUGAGAGUGAGGGAAUGUGAAAACAAGGAAGGGAAGUUGUGCGGGAUAAUAAACCACUUUCAUAUUCAGAAAUGAGGUGGACUUAAAUAUUCUUUAUGUGCAUCUGAAUAAACCUUCGUUCUCUCCUUUACGUUCAAUAAUACUAGUCAAUUUCAGUCACAGAAACGAGUCCAAGAGGGCUUGUCGAUGCGAAUCUGCGAUAUGCUCGCUCGACACCGGCAGGGAUGAACCAAAUUAAACAACACUUUGUACUCGUUUAUAUUAUACUUAUUUCCGUUAUACUUUAAUCGUUUAUAACAUAGUACGGUACAAAAACGUUGUAACUAUAGUACAAGAUCGGUAGAAUUAAGCUAAGUAGUUCGUUCAAUGUACGUUAAUCACUAAUGAAGUUCUCGUCUAGACGACCUAGCUGUUAAAUAUUAGCGGUAUGUUAUAUGAAUAUAUUACAUGACACAAACAAGUUAGAAUUGAAAGGCGAAUAUGCAAAUAGUCUCCUAAAUUUGAAUAAGUAUCUAUAACUAUCUUAAAUUAAACAUAAACAAUAAGCUAUAUAUUUUUGGCACUAACAUUAGGCUCCCCUAUAAGAGGAUAUCCUGCUCUUAUACUCAAUAUAAUUCCAGUUAGUGCAUUUUUCUAUUAUCUUAAAACUGUCCGUUCUUCUCCAAAUAUAAAGAAGUGUCUACAAAUAAAUUACUAUUAUAGGUAAAAAAAACAAUUAAUGAAAUCUACUUAAUGUUUUGUCCAUCUAAAGUUUCGUCGUUUUCCAUCAACAGUACCAGUUUAUCAAUUGGACGUUCUUGGGUGGAAAAUGAUGACUUGAGCGUCGCUGAACGAACGAAUCCUUUCGAAUCUUGCCUUACGUUGACCACUCUUGCCAUAGGCCAAUCAUUUCUUGCGGUGUUUUCAUCUUUAAUAAGAACAAUGUCUCCAAUCUCGAUGUUUCUUUUAGGCUGAUUCCACUUCGUUCUCGCUUGUAAGGUUUGCAAAUAUUCUCUUUUCCAUCUUGUCCAAAAUAUGUUCGCCAUGUAUUGGACUCUUCUCCAUCUCUUUCGAAGAUAAACAUCUUCUUUUUGAAAAUCACCGGGGGGAGGCAUAACCACUUUAGAUUUCAUGGUCAGAAUGUGAUUGGGUGUCAAAGGUUGGAGAUCUGUGGCAUCACCGGAUGGGAAGGUUAACGGCCGGCUAUUAACAAUACAUUCCACUUCGGUCAUUAAAGUGCGUAAGGAUUCAUCAUUCAGGGCGUGUCCGUAAUCGCGUAGAAGAGAAGGCAAAAUCGAUCGAACUGUACGGAUCUGCCUCUCCCAUACUCCUCCCAUAUGCGAAGCUUAUGCGAGGCUUAUUGAGAUGCACAUAAAAAUAUUCAAAUCCGUCUCUUUUGAAAGUGUUCUAGGAAGGAAAGAAGGGAGUGUGCGCUGCUAGGGCGGACAGAGGAAUUCAGGAAGGAAAGAGAAGGUAGGUGAGGGAAUUGGAAAAAGGGAGGACGAGUGGGAAGGGGAGAUGGAAGAAAGGAAAAAAGUGUGAGUGUGGUAAAUGGUGGAAGCAGAAAACUGUAGGGAACAGACUGAAUGAAAAAGAAACAAAAAAAAAGAAACCGGUAGUGUUAUAUAAACUAUGUAUAAACAAAAGGAUAAAAUUGCGUUUAAAACGCAAACAACCAAAUGAGUGUAUUCUUGUGGUUCAUUUUUUAGCCUGGUACGGUUGGAGGUGCAGUUAAUUUGCGAGGACCAUCUGCAACUGGUUUACGCUACCCAAGUAGAGAACAGGUUUGUCCUUUUCAUAUGUUUUCAUUGCGGAGUUUAUUCAGUGAGGGUUCAAUAUUCUUGCUUUAAAUAUUCUUUGUCUUUCUAUUUAAUUUACACGAUACAAAUAAUCUAUUUACAAGAUUUGAGCUGUGAUUACACAGGACGUGGUUGCCUAAUUCAUCCUAGGCCCUGAUCGUAGCCCUAUAUAGGAUGCACGUGCUCGACACUACAGUAAGGCAUAACGGUUUAGUCUUUGGUGAGGAAAGCAAACCGGAGGACCCAGAAGAAAACCCUUCUAGCACAGGACGAACCAACCUUGCACUACUUGUACACGAGUUCUCAAGAACACGGAAGUUUAAUACCCAACCUAAGUAGUACUCCGUACCCUCAACCUACAACCACCGCUAGGAAGCCUGAGAGCACUUUCUGCAUUUUCCAAGAAUGAUUUUCCAUUUUCUAAAAUUCGAACAAAUAAUUACCUUGUUUGUAAAUAGAAAAUGCAAAAUAUUUUUGUUGAUUAGUGGAAGGGGUACAAUUGCGUUAUAUGGGGAAUUUAAAGUUGGUAUGGACAUGAAAAAAUCGUAUUGUUUGUCCAGAAAAGAAAAGAAAAACUACAUCUUAUUCCCACAUAUCAUGGUGCGAAAGUUAUAAAGGGUUAAAGAUAGCUCAUUAUGUAUUCUUCUAUCAGUAACGGCGCCAUGUUAGCAGUGGUGAACAUACAUUUCCUAUAGUUCGUCUUACUGUAGUAUUGCCCUCUUGAUGAUAUGUAUAUUAUUCUUUAGGCCCAGCCAAACAGAAAACCAUCUAAUGAACAGAAACCUGAAAACUUUAAGAACCGAAGAUUACCUAGUGAACAGGUACGAAUAAAUUAAGACAGUUUCGUAUUGUAUGUGUGAAUGAUUUAAUGAAAACUUUUCCUGUAUGUAUAAACAUUAUAUCCCUAAACUUAGGAUAGUAUAUUUUGAUUGUUCAUUCUGACAAGAACUACAACCACUUCUUGUAUAGCAGUUGUUUCUAGAUUAAUGCGAUCUAACUUUCAUAAAUACUGGGACCAAGGGCUGUUACAGUAUAAAGAAAACUAUAUCCUGUUAACUAUGUCAUUGAUAUGGAUGUUUGUGUUUUAUUAGGCUGCAUGGGUUGCAGAGUCAACAGGAUCUCUAACUCCAGACAAUGAGGUAUAAUGUCCAGGCAACCAGUUCGAGUUUUAUUUUACAGAUCAAUAACACCAUUACGUUUCGCCCUGCUUGAAGAUUUCUCACUUUUGACGUUGAGCCUUUAGGCUGGAUUUCCGCGUGCAAGAAAUAGCCGCUGUCGAAACUUAUCAGCCAAUAUAUUUUACAUUUUGAACGGGCAGUGGCCAAUGAUUUAUCUGUUUGAUCUUGAUUACAGUGAAAACAAGCGAAAUAUUUCUUUACGAGUAAAAAAUUCACUUAGAGAAUAAUGUAUGGUUAUAAAUUACUGAUUUUAAGUUGAUUUUUAGGCGCAGGCUUUAGCGACAGCAGAUGCCGCUCAGGAACGACUUGAAUUGGAAAGUAAGUUAAUGGAUUUACAAGCAAAGAAAGAACAGAUGGAUGCACUUGUUGAGCAGCUGCAACAACUGAGAGAAAUGCAACUGGGGAAAGGUACAGUAUGAUUGAAGAAUAUAAUAGGGAAAUUAUGAAAACCUAGUUCAAUAGUAUAUGAGGUCAGACAUCGAGUGUUCAUCCCGAGAGUGCCUGUAUAUACUGCAUGGCUAUAUUACAAUCCAAAUACCGCGAAGUGACGCGUCUCCGGAGAGAGAAUGGGCACCGAUUUUGUGUUGUGUUGUGUUGUGUUGUGUUGUGUUGUGUUGAAUGUUUUGUUUUGUUUGUGUUGUGCUGUGUUGAAUGUGUUGUUUUGUGUUGUGUUGAACUGUGUUGGUUGUGUUGUGUUGUGUUGUGUUGUGUUGUGUUGUGAUGUGCUGUGCUGUGUUGAAUGUCUUGUGUUGUGGUGUGUUGUUUUGUGAUGUGCUGGGUUGAAUGUGUUGUGUUGUACAGUACUGUGUUGUACAGUACUGUGUUGAAUGUCUUGUGUUGUUUUGUGUUGAAUGUCUUGUGUUGUUUUGUGUUGAACUGUGUUGUGUUGUUUUGUGUUGAACUGUGUUGAAUGUCUUGUAUUGUGCUGUGUUGAAUGUCUUGUGUUGUGUUGCUCCCUUUUGAGUAUUAUAGGUGUUGACUGUAUCGUGUUGUGCCGUGUUGCCCAGAUAUCGAGAUAUCGUCAAUGGGGGGGGGGACGAAAUAGGCUGAAAAAGUCAAAAUGGAUUAAUAUAUAGAUUUACCGCUCAUCUUGUUUCCCUAAGAAAUGGCGCUGCCGCAAGAAAGGAGUGUAAAUGAGACGAUUGAGAACGGAGAGGAUGACGUCCCCUUAGCCACGAGAUCUGCAAAAGACACUGGAGAUAAUGUUGAUGAUGAAAAGAUAUUGGAAGCCUUGCAACUACACAGAAAGUUAAGGUAACAUUUCAUCCGUGCAUUUUAUAGCACAGACAAUUAUUAUUGAGCACUGUUCAAUCUUUAAAUCAGGAAACUUCAAGACGUGAGAGAUAAACUUGAAAGACUUAAAGAACUUUUCGAAGAACAACAGGUUAGUGAGAAAGCUGUCUCAUUUUCCCGACUAAGCAAAGGAAAAGGGGAAUUUUGGUAGAAACGGUCAUACCCCUCCAAAAUUUUAUCGUACAAUACGCCGUUGGCUUGGCAUUAGGAUUAAUUUGAAUAGUCCUAAUACAUAUUAUUAAUUGUAAAACGGUUACUGUAACAACGAAAAGUGUAGAUUAGCAGCCAGAAUAGUUCAUUCACUCCAUUACCGUAUAGUAUUGUGCUUUUAAAAGUCUCUAUGCUUGUUCUUUAAACAAUAGGCUAUAUUAUACCUCAAAUUCAAAGUUUCCAAUCAGAAUGCUAAGUUUGUGCCGCGUGAGCAUAAAAUUUAUCAUCGAAUCACGCAUUCAUGAUUCGCGUAAACCACGCGCGGCGAUCACGCAAGAUGGCCGACAAAAUACACUAAGGAGUGAUUUAUUAAGUUUUUAAACUUCUUUUUUUCCAAACAUUUUGAGGUAAAUUUUGAAAAGUGUUAUCAGUAUUCCAAACGAUAUGUGAUUUGAAUGAAAAGUGACAAAUACUAAAUGUACGUUAAUUAAAAAAUAAAACAUCGUAUUCACGAAGGUAUAGGCACAGAAUACUGCCCGGGGGAUUAGGCGAAAUAUCAUUACUUCGGGUAAUAUUUCGCCGAAUCCCCCUUGCUCCAGGUCUAUAAAUGAUAAAAGUAUCUUCGGUGAUCAAUAGGAACGCUCUGAAGCGGAGAGUGGCGCAAUAGCUGGAGUGAAUGAACCACACCGAGCACAGCCAUCAAGAGAAAAUCGAGGUGCAGAAUUUCAACCACGUGGUGGUGAUCAUGAUGACAGUGCAAUCUUGGAUGAUAUGCCGCCUGGUAGCAUUGAUUGGAUUUUGAAUUCUGGUAUUGAUGACCCUGAACUGUUGACGAAACUAAGGUUAGUAUAAGCUGCUAUUGCAUCACCGACAAUUAUUGCAUCUCUUCUCAGUCAAAAAUUAAGGAUGUCGGGAUUGCUCACUCUUGAUCAAAUUCAGUUUGUCAGAUUUAUAAGGGCAGGAAUGAGAAAAGUAUAUGCAUGCUUCCCAUCAUUCAUUACCUAGAAUAACAUACUAUCUAGUGUAUAUAUCAUGCACAUUCUUGGCUAGCACAGUAGUCUUGUGUGCAUGGGCAAACUUUACGUUUUUAUACGUUUAGUUAUUUUUAUCCAGGCUCAAACAAGGUGUCUGUACACGUAUUUUGAAAGGAGCGUUCCUGUGUUUAAUUUCUCAUGUGUUAAAAUUCCUUUAGGCAAGUAAAGGCUGCAAAGGAGAGAGUUGCUAACCUCAAGCAACGUAAUGAACAAAAUAACGUAAGUGUGUAGUAUGCACUACAAUGGACCCCUUGUUGGAGCACUUUGAAGAGUUGUAAUGGUCCACAGCUGUGUAGUAGUUGGUUGAAUAAAAUAUUUUUACCACCAAAGAUGGGGGAUUAUCUUUGAUGACAUGUCAUACUGCAAGACCUGUAUAUACUUUUAAUUGUGCAUUAAUCCUUAUGGAUAAUGAAGUACGAAAACGUUUGAUUCCGUCACUGCACGUAUUGUUGCACGGAAGCUUUUGCCAUUUACUCAUAUGCUGUACUGUAUUCUACAUACAAUAUUUUAUAAAUAGCUAAAGCUGUAAGAAACCCUCCUUCUCACGCAAAACUCUCGUCCGGGCCCGGGAGCCAAUUAGAAAUUUAGUUAAAGUUCAUUAUGAUUAGUGUGAGAGUUAACCAAUCUUCUAUGUAUCACCACUAUUAAUCUACAAUCUGAAUUAUUUAAAUUGAACCAUCCUAUAAGGGCUUUUUAUCCGUUUUUACGUUUCCUUAAUCCGUCCCGUUAAAAUGUGUUCAGUCCUUGCGAUGAGUUAAUAAUUAAAACGUGUAAUAAUAUGUCCAGGUUGUACAGCCGUAUGGUAGAGCCGAAGCUGCUGCAAGUUCUGCACAAGCGGUUGCAGCUCAGGAUGAAGAUUCCACAGUUCAAACGGAUAAUGAGACUACUGGCUCUGUAUCCAGUUCUCUCAUGUGGCAAGAAGAUCCUGAGUUUCAAGAAAAACUUCGGUAGGUGAAUUUCCAGUAAUUUCGGGUAAUAUACACGCGUAACAUGGAUUAAACAUGAUCACGCCCAUGCCACCCCGGCCUAUACACUGAAUGCACUCUCCUAUUCUUUAUUUGCAAUGACGUAAUUUUGGGAUUUCAGUUGACGGGCAGGUAUAACAAAACACGGCUAUUUUAAUGUAUUGAUCGAGUUUAGAGACAGUUUAAGACUCAAAAGAUGAAUCACCGUUCAGUUUUUCUUGCUACAUCCAUUCUGAUAGGAGAAAAAUCACAAGUUGUCUGAUCGCCCGUCAUUUGGAUGAAAAGUCACGUGAUUGCAAACAAAGAAUACGCGGCUUCUGUUUUGGAGAGCAAACAAACCGUCGUAGGCUAGUGUACUGAAUAGAAGCUACUGUAUAUAUAGUACUCCUUAAACGCUGUGCGCCAUCAAAGCCAAGUUUAAAAAGGAAUGUGCCGCCCUAAUUUGUGUUACUGGGAAUUGAUUAUGUCGUCUUUGUUUAUUAAGAAAACUGAAUACUGCUCGAAAGAAACUUAAAAAGUUACAAGAACUUGUCAAGAAAACUGAGGAGGUAUCGUGCAGUUGCAUUCGAUUGGUUUUUAGAAAUAUUACUGCUAGAAUAUUGUUGAGAGGCACUAUUAACACUAUGCAUGCAAUGACAUAUAUUCUGGUCAAAACUAAAACAAUAGCUACUGUAUAUGUCAAGUUAGACCAAAAAAGCCUAUGAUCAUAACAUACUUUUAAGAGAAAUGAUUAGUCGCAAUAUAUUUUUCCGUGUCCAUAAAUCAGUGUGCUAAAUGUGGUUUGUGAUCACAUGGCCUUCAAUGAAUGCAUGAAUGCUGUUUGUAUGAAUGCUGUUUGUAUGAAUGCUGUUUGUAUGAAUGCUGUUUGUAUGAAUGCUGUUUGUAUGAAUGCUGUUUGUAUGAAUGCUGUUUGUAUGAAUGCUGUUUGUAUGAAUGCUGUUUGUAUGAAUGCUGUUUGUAUGAAUGCUGUUUGUAUGAAUGCUGUUAGUUUAUUUUUCGUCGCUAUAUACAACAGAAUACUUAAUGUCAGUUCCUUCAGGAAAUACAGUAGUUUAGAUUAGUUUUCCCUCGAAUCUCAAUGUUUCCCUCGACUUCGUGUAGAGACUCUCGGGAGAAAACUAUCUCCAUUGGGAUCGAACAUGAAGUGUAAAAUGUGGCCGUGGUAUAUACAGUAGCCUUUUAAAUAUUGAAGAGUUUUAUAGAUGGAAAUUUCGAGUGGAAUUUUUAUACAUUUAUUAGACCUAACCAGAAGCAGUUGCGAAAAAUACAACCAUAGGCUCUCUGGUAGGAAUCAAACCUAAGGCUCUAACCAACAGAGCUAUACCGAGUCCAGUUGUCCAGCUCUAACCGCAAGUUCAUGUAUAUCUAUAGGCCCUCUGGCAAGAAUCGGCAUCACCUCAACAUAUGUACUGUAUAUGUAUAUCACAGUAAUUUCAGAAGGGCCAUUUUGGCCCCGAAAAUGUGGCCGAAAUUUUGACCCUGAGACGGCCCCAUUUUAAUGGGGCUGUUUUGGCCCCCAUUAAAAUAGAGCCAAUUUGGACUAUUAUUAAAGGGCCAUUUUGGCUAUUAUGUGGGGCUAUUUUGGUUCUUUCGAAGGGCUGUUUUCAAUCGUAGAAUUAGAAUGACAUCAAUUCCAGCUCCCAAAAAAGGGCCAAUUUAGCUCGUACGUGGCUCUUUCAAAAAGGGCCGUUUUGGUGCUUUCAAAAGGGGCUGUUUUAGCUCUUUCAAAAGGGGCUGUUUUGGUUCUUUCAAAAGGGGCUGUUUUGGUGCUUCAAAAGGGGAUGUUUUGAUUCUAAAGACAGCACCAUUUUAUCGUUGCUCACUAGACAUAUUGAUAACCACGCAACGCAAGUUUAAAAAGGUGUAUUUACAAGUUUAACAUUAAACUAUGUAAAAGUGUUGUAAAAGAACUAAUUAUGCCAUACAUACUCUUUCUAACAAAGGGGUUAAUCUAUGGAAUACAUUAGAUACAAAAUUCAAAAGAAUAAACUCUUACAAUGUCUACAAAAGAUUAAUCAAACAACAUGUUAUAGUAAGCUAGAUCAUCUUCAACUUAUAUGCAAUGACCACAGAUAUACAGCAACCGUUAAUUCUAUAGUGAAAAUUGUGUAAUCUUGUAACUGUAUAUUAUGAUAUAAUAUCCUUCUUUUGUAAAUAGUAUAUACUUUAAACUUGCUUCAAUAAUUACUCUUCCCUGUAAAUAUAUAUGCAAUUUUUUUACAAACCUAACUAGUGGCCUACAUUAAAAAGCCUGUAAAGGUUUCCAGUAGGUCUCUAGCCCAACACCUUCAAACUACACAUAGUUUUGUUACUUAUUAUUGUACACAUGGGAAAUAAAUAUAUGAUUGAUUGAUUGGUGGGGCAAUAUAUUGAGGUGGUGCCGAUUCCUGCCAGAGGGCCUAUAGUUGAUUUUCGCAACUGCUCCUUAUUAGGUCUAAUAAAUUUCCAUUUACAAAACCCUUGAACAAUUAGUUUUAUAGCCUUGUAAUUACCCUGUGUCACUGUGUUUCAGCUUCCAGUAGGUCCGAAUGGUAGACCAUAUUUACCUGCAGAAAUUGUGGAAUUGAGUUCCAGCACAGACGAAGAUGAGGAAGGAGAGGAUACAUCAACUGCAGCAGAAGGUGUAGAAGGUGGACACGAUGCAGCGAAUGAUGAGAGGGAGAGUGAAGAAGAUGCAACAAGUGAAACAUUAGUGCAGGAAGAGACCAUUCAUGCUCAUGGGUAUGAUGUCAAUACUAACUAUGUACAGUGGCGGACACUUCGCGAAAUAUGUCUACACUAUACGAUACACGAUUGAGACUGAUAUUUUGUCAUAUAUUUUCUGCAGAGAACACCGAGAUUUUGGUGACAGUGAGCUUGGGUACAUGGAUAAAUUAACUCAACAACGAGCUGCCUUGAGUCAUCUCUUAGCUGAAAAACAGAAAUUGCUGGAAACACAGGAACACUUGCAGAGACUCCGACAGAAUGAUGCCAUGACACAGGUAGAUGUAAAUGAUGCUUUAAUUUGCAACAAUCGAACUAUAUCAUAAAACUCCAGUCCUCGAAAUUAGCGACGACCGGCAAAUGGCAAUUGCCGCCGAAAGUGAAAUUAUCGACGGCAAUUUUUCGCCGCGAAGAUUUUUUUGGCAUUGCCUUCUUUAUUCGAUUGAUUCUUCUAAAAGAUUUGCCGCCGUUUUAUUAAUAUGAACAGAUGACAAUAUUAAUGAUGAUUAUCUUUAGUUGCUCGUUCCAGUGUUUACAGAGAAUUCGGUACACUAUGACUAAGCUGUUGUAACCUUAUUUGUUUUAUUCCUUAUUGUUCUGCUUAUUAGUCAUGUUGUGUAGUUGCUUUAUAACAUUGUUACAAACAAUUUUAGAAUGAUGUCAUGUAACAGAGUGAGCGCGCACAGGCGGUAAAUACUGCAUAUCUUCUAUUUUUGAAGUAUUGAGAGGCAAAAAAAUGCCAUUUAACUUUUUAAAGACAAAAAAAAUUGCCGCCGAACUCUAAAAUAUCGACGGCAAUUUUUUGCCGACAAGGAUUUAUGCUAAUUUCGAGGACUGCCCCUCGGUUAAUAUAAACCAUGCGGAAACCACCAAAUAAUGCAGGGCGCGCCCAAAUUAGUAAAUUUAAAUCUGAUACUAUUGUUUUAUUACCCAUUUAGACUAGACAAUCAGAUAGACAUAAACCACUUGAAACCUUCAUUCACAACCCAACUGAGGCAAGCACAUCGCGACAAGGUGCGACUGCAGAUUCCACAACACAGACAUUAGUUUUCUCAGAGCCAAGACCUGACAAGUACCGCCAGCCUGGUAGGUGUAUUUAGAUACAUCGUAAUUAAGAUGAAGUAAAGACCAUUACAAUUUACAAGCAGUAAGAAUCAGUUCGUUUGGCUGAUCCAAUGUAACCUUAAUUUGUGAAUAUUCUGCUAGCUAUUCAAUGAUACGUAUGGUGCCCCAUUUACAAUCCAGGUGAUCUUGAUACGCGGAAAAAUACUGGCACUAGUUGUCAAAUAGAAAUCCAUUUUAUGAUUAAAACAACUGAAUAUCUCCUGUAAUAUACUUUAUUUCGAUUUCAUAUUUUUGUCAGAGCUAUAGUUCUCAUAACCAAACAUAAUUACAAAAUUUCAACUAGUUUCAUAAAGAAUAAUGAAAGAUAUAAUUGUCUGAAUACAUCAAAAUGGAUUUCUAUUCGGACAACCCUUUCUGAGCGCUGAUUGGCUAAAAUACGAACACGAGAUCACCUGGAUACUGUGGCAAUUCAUUCUCGAUAAAUCAAAAAUGCACAUUUAGUCACGUACAUUUCUACACCUUAUGUAAUUCAAAAUUAGCAAGGUGUUUGGAACGACGUUAGGAAUAUGUGAAAGCGACAUUUUUGGGUCACAAUGGGUUUUAACAGUUUAACUCGUAUGCAAAUUGUUCUUCAAAACAAAUAGAAUUUGAAGUUAAAAUAUAAACAAAGGUGAAAGUUUUAGAUGGAAAAUUAAUUUUUCGUGUUAAAAAGAUUGUACCUAGUUUAUAGAUUUUAACAAGAAUCGUGUUAUAGUGUAUAACGUAGGCUAGAAUGUAUCUUGAUGGUAUAAAAUAUUUGUGGUGAAAACAGUAAAGCAAGUGUAUAAAAUUUUCCAAGCAAAAGAUAAUUUUACACCCUGUGAUAUUGAUUUGUCUGUCAACUGGCGUUGGUGUCACAUUUUGUGGAGAUACUGAAAACGAUCCGGGAAACUACGUGUGUAUUGAAUUUCAAGUGUUGUAUUGAAAGAAUGUUUUAAUGCAAAAUGUCAUAUAUACAGGUACAUCAACGUCGAACACGUUGUUAUGGAGAGAGUUACGACGUCAACGUGAGCUACAGGAGCAGAAAUUAAAGAAACGUAAAGAGAGAUUAAUGUUAGAACGAAAAGGAAGAAGAUCUGGAUUGGAGAAUGCUUCUGAGGAUGAAGGUUUUGGUCGUAGUACAUUAAGUGCAGAUAUUACUACAGCAACCUGGGGCGGAUCAACACAGAUGAGUAGCACUCAGAAUGAUUCCGCUGUAUCUGAAGGAUCAUCACCUGAUAGCGAUGAAGAGGUACUGUACAGUUGUUUCAUUUCGUCAAUGAACCGUUCUGUGAAAACAGGACUUGGAUCAGUAUACAGCUAGUCUUCGUAUAAAUUACCACAAGUAUAUCAAGAGUAUCCUAACGUCGCGACCCUUGAUCACGAAUUUAUUGCACACUUCUAAUGAGGCCUAAUCUCAAAUCUUUUAUUCAAAAAAUUAAUAAAAAUUUGUAGUCCGUGGAAAUGUAUAGCGAAAUAUGAACACAAAUGUUCUAUACUGAUAAUUCUGCGUUUAUAACGUUCACUGAUAUGGCUAAAUAACGGUACAUUAUACAAAACGAUGGUUCUUUACUGUCGUUCCAAUUGAAGUGUUCCUCGAAUAUUGAUUCAAUACGUUAGCUCGGGCUGACCAAUUCAUUUCAUCAAGUUCCUCGAGAUAUUCAUACACUUCCUAGUAUAAUUGUAAACUUCCUGUUGAAUAGUUUGAGUGCACCAAUCACCUUUGUUGUUUGUGCAACUAACCAAUAAAUAGAAAGGAAGUGACCAGAAAUGAUCAAAUUCUUGGAAUUGGCUCUUUCACAGGAAGUGUAUGAAUAUCUCGAGGAACUUGAUGAAAUGAAUUGGUCAGCCUGAGGUAAUGUAUUGAAUCAAUAUUUGAGGAACACUUCAAUUGGAACGACAGUAACUGCAUUAUAUUUUUGAAAAGAACGUGAAAAUUUAUUUAGCCUUGAACCUCUAUUUAGCUCCCACCCCCUCCCCACUUUUCUAAUAAGCCCCCAAUCCAGAGCUAAAUAGAGGAAAUACGGUACUUAUAUGUAAUGUAUCAUAAAUUCGUUACUAAAAAUUCACACUAGAACGUUUUACUUCCGUCAUAAAUACAGUAAUUACCAUAAACACGUAAAUGUUUAAUUCAUAAAGUAACAAUACAAGAACCUAACACAGACAGUAAAAAUACAAGAACCUUCCGCUUCUGUAUUCUGUUGUAAUUUUCUGCAAAUUGUUCUGUUUUUCUGUAGCGGUUACCAAAUUAUGAGCAAAUAUGGCGACAAAAUUUAGUUUUCGUUGUUUUAUAUGAUAAUUUGUAGCAAAGGCUGCAUUUUUCGUUAGAUUCACUGUAUUUUAAUACAUAAAAGGUGCGGAAUUUGAAUUUUAUCACGGCGUUUGUCUAUAAAUCGGUAACCGUUACAAUAUAAAUACAGAACAAAAUACAGAAAAUGUCAGCAGACUGCGGAAGUGGGAAGGUUAUUGGAUUUUGACUGUAAGUUCAUGACAUUUUUGUAAUAUGUAGUUGAAUUUCACCAUCUUUGCAGAUUUUAGUGGAGGUUGAAGAUGACGCAUCAGAUGGUAUCGUUCAAGCAGAAGAAGAAGAAGAGGAGGAAGGGAAUUCUGAAGUUGAUAUAUUUCCAACUACAUCCACUGCUAACAGGAAACAUUUCCCCAAAAGUGGAGUGAAACAGAAUGCAAACCAGAAACGUUUACUAUUUGGUAUGUGUCAAGUAUACUGUCCAUUGAAGAAAAAACAGAUUGUGUGAAUAUCUGUAUAUUUGCUUCAUAUAUUCACUUCGAAUUUUGUGUUUGGUAUCAUUGUAGAAGGGUUACGGAAACAAGACCUAGAAAGACAUGAAAGAUUUAAAGGUUGGCAGAACUCUUUGUUCCCAUCAGGAAAUAAGAAGAGUGGCAAAAAGCCACAGGUAAAUUAUUUUUAAGCACCUCUUGCGUGGAAUUUCUCAAGCACGUUUCAGUCUGUUCUCAAUUCUUAAAAGAUUUUUCUAUCAAAAGGAGACCAGAAAAUAUCAUUGUGCGGUUACGUUUAAACUGUACAUACAAUGACCACGUUUUUGCUUAUUUCUUUGAAGAGAUAUCGUAUUGCAUGUGUUUCUCAAACUAUUAUUGAUUGCGAUGAAAGAUUUUCCUGUACUUUAAAUAGUGAUAUAGUGAAAGUUUAAUAGCUAUCAUACUAAAUUGAUAUUUGGUUCAGAUUUGAAAAGAGUAAUUUUCCUGGACAGUUGCAGUGAUAUUAGAGAGCUUAAGCUUCGCGUUCAACGACAAGCGUCAGGCAAAGAAAAAUUUUACGCUAUAAAGCAAUAACAAGUAAAUGGGCGUGUUGUUUUAUAACUAGAAUGCUUAACUAUUCCUGUGUCACAUGAAAGAAAAUAUGACACAUAGAAAUCGAACGAAAAUUAUGCCAAGAAAAUUCGGCCUUGCCGUUCCCGCAAACGUGAAGCUUAAACUCCCUAAUAUUUUUAUUAUUACUACAAGCCUUAUUUUGCAUAACAUGCAUGCAUGGUGUGUAUUACUCUCAGUGUGCUCACACCAGGCAUGCUGAAAAGUUUGCUUGACUCCGGUGGGAAUCGAACCCGAAUCAUCUUCAUUACAUGAGAUGCUCAUUCAAAGGGCCGUUACGACUUACAAGAGAAUAAGUAAAAGUAGACAAUGGAGGUUUUUGAUUGUUUGAUCUUGUAUUAUGUCACAAAAAAGGGCCCUUGUAGAACUAAUGUUGAAGGAUUUUGUUGAUGGAAAUUUUCGAGUAUGCCCUUGCCUGAAAAUGCUGUCUCUUUCGGGGUUGUUUUUUUUUGUUAUCGCAAGUGUGACUUUCCAUUGCGGCAUCGUGGGCUCAGGAUUGCACAAUUUAGCUAUAACAUGCUCACGACGAUUUUAGGACCAAUUCUACACAAUGUUAAUCGGAACGAAUUUCGUAUUUAACUACGUUACAAAUCUUAGACGCUGUAAUUGUGGGACGUAUUAUAUUGCAUUGCGCAUGAACUUUUCUGUAUUUUUCGAUAUGAUAUCGCUGAACUCUAUUUGUUUUGUAUGAAUUUUUAUUGUGCCGUCCUCUCAAUGUUUGUGAUCAUGAAGUGACGGCCGUCAAGAAGUGAAGAACAUCUACAUGUUUCAAAUUAAUUUUUAGAAUAUUGCGAUGGUAUUUUACCAACCGCGAGGCCAGUGAACGCCAGAGCAGGCGUCUUGCUACUUUUAUUUAGACCUAACCAGGAGCAGCUGCGAAAAAUGCAACAACAGACCCUCUGACAGGAACUGAACCUGCAGUCUUUAAGCCAGAGGGCCUAUAGUGGUAUAUAUAAUGUAUAUAAAAUCAAUCUACAAAAUCUUUCAACAUUAGUAUUCAAAAAUCCUUGUAGAUCUACAUGUGGAAAGAUUUCUAUUUAAUUUUUUUGAAGCGUUUCUCAAAUCCCGAAGAACUUCAUGAAGAAGAACAAUACAGUGCUCGAGAGAGGUCGAUGUGGGAGAGACAAUUUAAUGUUUUGCAAGGACAGUUGGAGAACACCACUUCACUUUGCAAUACAUUAUUACGAGAUCAACAAACCCUCAUAUCUGUUCUUCUAAAUCGCGGAGAAACUACUCAGCCUUCAAGAGUUGGUAUGUAGUCCGGUUUGAGUUGCAAUUUGCCCGACGUUUUUGGUCGUAUGAAUUUGUUUCUUCUAUCUUUAUGCCGGUUAUUACUUAUAUUCUCCACAUCACGACAGAUCAGUUCACUUAUUGCUUGCCAAUGUUCACCACUCCACGUGUCAAGUCGCUCAACUGACUACAUGACAUUGUUUAUUUAAGUGUAGACUAAUUAGAGGUCUUUGUUCAACUAUAUUUUAUGUCAAAGUUUCAUUGUUCCCAGGGAUGGAUCCAGCAUGAUCUUGGGGGGGUGCUCUGCCAGCUCUGUUCCCGAGUUGUGUCAUGUGUGCCGCUCGCCCAUCAACAUACUGUAUUGUAUUUGAAUUAUAAUUGUUGUUUACAGUUCGCUUAUCAUGUUAUUGCUCAAAUUACUGUAUCUCAUUUUGUCUCUAUCAUUUUUUGCUUUAUGACAAAUAACACACACCCCCUUCACUCCCUCUGGCCAGGGCUAGGGGGUGACCCCCCUCCCCCACCCACAAACACACAUGCACACACACCAGUAAAUCCAUCCCUGAUUGUUCUGUUCAUGUUAUGUUCAUUGUUCAUGUCACGUCUACUUCAAAAUUCCAUUGUUCCUUUGCUAAUUGUGUAAACCAUCAGAUAUUCUGCGGUCAGUUAUACUGUAUUGUGUAGUGUACCGUUCGUCCAUAAAUUAAUCUUACAUACUUUGAUAUAGGUCCGAAUUCCUUCAGUCAAUACCAACAAAGACAACAAGAAGCAUUACAUGGAAUUCAGAAUUAUUUCGAACAACAACGUUUCCUUGUGCAACAACAGCAAAUGCUGCAGAAUCUUACCGAGUGUUAUUCCCAGAUGCAACAACAACAUGAAGACAUGUUACAUUUACAGCAAAGUUUUGCACAAUUGUUUACCCAUCCAGCAGAACGCACGCCGAGUGCUAGACCUUCAGCUACUCCUAAUGCUCCAGCAACAUCUUUGGGAAAUUCUCGUACUCCCAACUCAUUUAGUUUCCAACCAUCGACUUCCUUCAGUUAUCGCCCACAGGAGUGUGAACGUGAAACACCUCCACCUUCACCAUUUACGGCUACACAGGUAUGCAGUUGUUUUUCUCUGCGUGGUAGAACAAUGGCAAAAAUGGUGAAUAUGCAGUUCUAAAUAUACAGUAAUAAUGUAAAUUAUAAUAUAGCAUUUGUAAAUUCUGAACGCUGAUUGGCUAAUAGCCGUGUUGAUAUAACUCAAUGUCAACACGGAAACGUCGGAAAAUUUCUUUCUUUAUAUCUCUUUGUGCUAUAUUAUAAAACAAAUAUAAAACAUUUUUUCCGUAUUGAUAUAUAUAUAGUUAUAUCAACACUCGUGGAAAUUGGGAAAACUCGAAAUUGUGUGAAAACACUCCGCCCCCAAUUCCACUCGUGUUGAUAUAACCGUAUAUCAACACGGAAAAUGUUUUAUAUUUGUGAAAUAUACUCAACUGUAUAAUUUACAUCUUCAUUUUUUAUCAAACUAAUUAACCUAUAAGCGACCUAGUCCUAUUGAAAAGGCUGUCUUAAAACGUACUUCCCCCGACCUCAAAUUGCUUCAUACGCCCUUUGGCUAACAUGCAUAGUCGUAACUUAACGGAGAAUUCUUCCACAGUAAGUUUUUUAUGCCUUUUUUUAUCUUCCCAGGCCAAGCCCUCAGUUGAACGACACGUUCGCGCUGCAGAUUCUUCAACGUUUCAACAGCGUCCUUAUGCAGCUAUGCCGUUCCCAUGGCUACCUGGACUUCGAAAUAGACAAUUCCAGUUUGUGGGAAGCACCAAUCCCGACACAGGUGUCCCAAGUCCUGAAGCAAGUACUAGUCGAGCGUACAACCAAGCAACUGGUCCGGUCAAACCUGUUUCAGCUCGAGUUGUAAGUGCCACAAAUACCAGCGCUGGAAGUCCUUCGCUUGCUUACAACCCUGUAACAUAUAGUGGUAAGUGUUGUACAACAUGCGAGGCCCUCCGCGUCUUUUCGCACGCGGCAAGUUUCCAUAUUCGGAAAGACACCUUCGAUGUAUUGAGAUAUUUAAUUUCGCCAAAAAUUCCAUAAGUAAUGCUUUCCGUUUCACCUUUCGCCAAACGGAUAACAAUUUUGCCGAAUUCCUGACGACUGGGGGGGUGCACACAUCCUCGAACGACGUUUAAUUCUGUCUGUUGUAAAAGUUUUGGGCACCCGUUACACCCAUAAUCUACACCCAUAAUCUGCACCCGCACUGCACCCACAAAGUUGAAAAUGCAAAAUGCAAGGGGUGCACUUGCACCCGCUGCACCCGUGAUUCCGGCAUCCCCGCCAAUCCCGUUCCUGGUAACAAUUUCUAUAAAACGUUAAUUGACGGUUUAAAAUUAGAAUGUAAACAUGCUAAAAUCUGUGUUUAUUGAGUUUUCUCACUCAUUGGUGAGCGGAUUUCCCUAUAGGCAAUAGCCCAAUUGAUAGGGGAUCCGGGGUACCUACGAUCUUAAUAUCCUUGUCCGAGAAGACGCGAAAGUCUAACCAUUUACUGAUGUCAAUGUGGGAGUGGAUCUCUGGGAGUCACUAAUUUAUACUCAAGGAAGCACUUUUUCCAUUACUUUCUCCGACCAAGGCUUGAAAGGCGAGCGUGGUGGCCACGGCACCAUAAGAGCUGGUUGUGGGUGUGGUUAUAAACAAUUGUGGGAGUGGUAUGAAUUUUUGAUGUGAUAAAAUUUCGUUAUAAGAUAAGUGAAUUCCACGUUAUAAGUACGCGAAAACAAGCUAUAUGCAGGCAGACACUGAUUGAACUAUUAAAGAAAACAAUUUACUCCUACUAAAAUGCAUAAAACUAAAAAAUCUCCAUGCAGAUUCUAAAGCAAGUGGUGGCAGAAAUGUCGUCGUUGGUAAACAGUUUCCUACACCUCUACGUGCUACAGCAGCAGCGCAACUAGCCGAACAAGAUAAAUCUAACUGGCGUGGAGUGAAGAGAAGAAGAGAGGAAGACAAAAUAGAGACUGACUCUAUUUCAUCACAUCAGUCAAGUUUACCUGGAGACUCGGAAAAGCCUGGCACGUGAGUAUGAUCUCCUAUUUGUUUAGCAAGGACCUAAAAUAUCUAUCUAAACUAUCUACUUCUUUCCCACUUGAAAGCCUGGUUGCACAUGUGGUGAUAUAAGCCAACUAUAGUUGCAAUUUAGAUCCCGCGCCCCCUAAAUAUUUCGCGAAAUAUCCCCAGUAAUUAUUACGUUUGUUUUUAUCGUAUCCGUUUAGGGAAUCGGACGCUCAAAGUGAUUACUCGUUGUUUGAAGCUCUUCGCGACUCCAUUUAUGCUGAAGUUGCAACUCUCAUAUCACAAAAUGAAUCCAGACCUCAUUUCUUGGUAAGCACUUCACAUACAUAGUAUUAGUGCAGAAACCAUAAAAAAACGAGUGAUUUCUCGAACUUUGACAGAUCAAUCAUGGUGUACAAAUAUACCAAUGCCUAUUUUAUCGUUAUUAGAUUGAAUUGUUCCGAGAAUUACAGCUACUUGGCUCAGAUUAUCUACGACAGCGCGCACUUUAUUCGUUGAGAGAUUUAGUCACUCGCUUUCUGAAGGACGACCCUCCUGGAGGAACAAUUGAGUCGGCUAUGGUAUAUUUCUCAUUCUUUUUUCUAUUGAUAAGAAUUUUGUUACCACUUAAUUUGAAGCUAGCUAUUUUCGCUAUGGGAGAAGUAAGCUCACGGUAAACUCAAGGUAGUAAUUUGUGACGGCGGCGAGACUGAAUUUCAUAGGCCAUUUCCGAGGUGGGUCGGACUAUAGAACGUACUAUCAUUCCCAAAUUACUAAUUAGCUGUUACACUAUGUCUGUUCUGAGCUACUUGUUAUCGUUAUUACUGUGCAUCAUGUUAGUUCACUGUUUGAAUUAGAUAUUUAGAGAAUACUAGGAAACACUCUAUAGUACCCUUAUUUCUCAUGUUCAAAAUUUGUUGCAUAUUAAAAUUUGAUCAUCAUGAACAAAGCAUUAAAGUUUUGUAUUCCAAUAUAGGGUGCAUAUUCUUGGCUGGCAUCCGCAUCGGAGCAAACACCCAGUGAAAGUGCCGGCUUUUCAGAAACUGAUCAAGAUCAGGUUAGUAAAUUUAUCAUGCAGGACCUGCGUGUCAAUUAAUAAUUUUAGAAUCUCUUAGGAUCUGUACGGGUGAGACUCUGAAAGAGCAUCACUAACAACACUCUGACAGAGCAUCACUAACAACAAAAUAUGACGACGCACGACGUAUUGAACUUCUUUUGAACCAUAUUACUACAGUACGAAGUGGGACAUUUUACAACGCAGACUAUGACAUACAGGAAUUCUGUGCAACAUACAAUAUGUCCACGAUUGUAUGGGAUCGUUUUUUGUGACCCUUGUUUUGCGCGCCUUUAAACACAUACACAUGUAAACGGGGACGGCCAGAACCAUCUCAAUUUAUAAUAAAACAAUACAAUACCACCCAAAUCGUGAAAGAAAUAGCGAAAGGGUUUUUUCAACUGUUUGAAAGUUGCAGGGAAAAAUCAUUGCAUGGAUCAUAAAGAUGUUGAAAUAUGAAAAUAAUCGGAUUUACCAUACUAAACAUUAUUGGGGAUAACAUAUUUAUUUGCCAACUACUUUGAACAUCUGCUAAUUGGCAUUAGUUUUAUAUUCAAUGAAUCAUUAUUCUCACGAUUACUAUACGUGAUAUUUUUUACCUAGGACAAAAUGAAAGUACCUGAAAUCUCUACACAAGGUAUCUACGACUAUGUCGAGGCAGUGGAUUCAGGAAGUUCGUUGUCCACACCAAAUAGCGGCAACCAUGAACCUUUUGCUUCAGAGUUUCUUGGUGAAACUGUUAUCCACUUGGACAAGGUACAUUUGUAUUUCAUUAUUUAAACGAAUUCAUGAUUUCUGAUUGGCUAACAGCCAACGGUGAAAUCGUCAUAUCAACUCAUACAAUGUCUGACCAAAUAUGUCAAUGGUGUUAUAUUAUUGUGUAAUAUGGAGAAUUAUCACACGAUGACGUAAUAUAUUCAUGCAAUGUGGGAACACGAACAAAAACUAAAAUUAUGUACUGCAAAUUCAAAGUUUGAAGUAGCCCACAUUUGACUUUGCAGGCAUUGAAGUCGAUGCGGGAACGUGAACACCAUGACUCGGAACGUUCUAGCGCUACAGGAAAUGAAGGUGCAACUGCUGGCGUUCAAGGUGACACAAGUUCCGCUGGUGAUGUAGCCAGUGAAUCCUCAUUACCAGAUAUACAAGUAAGUGAAAAUUACAAUUGCUUUAUGACAGGGAUUUAGUACAACAUGUUUCAAAUUUGGAAAAUUCGCUAUUUAGAUCUGAAGUUCUGAACUAUUAUAAGUAUUAUUUAUUGUUGAAAAGGAGAAAAUGGAAACUCUUUUUGAAAUAGAAAUUAUUUUUUUAAAAGCGCUACUAGGUUGUUUUGACUGCAGAUUGGAACGCGAAUGCUGGUGCUUAAAUAUAAUUUUACGAUCAGAAAACGUCUAAACAAAAAUGACUGCUGGAAUUGUUUUACUAUAUGGCAGUAAAGACGUGCCAAUGUGAUCUCUUUUGUUUAAAUAAUCGAACACGAUAAUAAACUUGGUGACGCUAACGCGACCUUAUAGCUUUUAAAAAAGUAGCAAAAAUUUUCCACGUUGUGUCAGCUUGAUUAUUCACAUAAUUUUUGUACCUGUGCAGGCACAGAUAUAUAGCGGUCGUGCAGGUAAGUUUGUCUGUGAGUAUGUUACCUUAGCCAAUCGGUGGCUAGUAUGUUAGCUCGUAGUCUAUCAGCUACUAUUAUUACGUAAUUACAUUAGGAAACGUUAUCUCCUGCGACGCACAGGUUAUACAGGGAGUACACCUUAAAACAACAUGAAGCUACGGAAGUUAAUUCCACGGGGAAAUAAAUACUCGUGUUCCAUAACGAACGACGAGCAAAUUUUUAGUUCCUGUAGCUGGGACAGAUUGAUAUUUAAGAAUUCUUUUAUCAUAGCCAAUAUAGUCUUAAAUGUGAAUCUUGAUAUCUUGAUAUGUCUUUUUUAGUCUGGUAAUCAUCCGUCUUAGCUAAAAUGUGUAAUAUUCAAUUCAGGCGAGAAUUUUUUUAUUCAUUGGUUUACGGAUCCGCCGACCGUAAAUAUUCAGAAAGUAAAAAAUUAAAAAAAUAAAUUUGGAUGUCAACAAUUUUAGUUAAUUUUAGUUAAUGAAGUUGAAUAUGUUAAUUGUUGUGACGCAGAUGCGUUGGCAGACUGAAAACACCCUCGGGCAGAUAGAGCCUUCAGAACAUAUUACUCCAUUAACCGCAAUUUAUAGCUUUGCUUAAGGAGGCUCCCUACAGUUCCGUGCGGGAUGUUCGCGGGACAAGUACGUGAACUAUCCCACGCAACUGCAUGAUCAAAACAAAACAAAAAUUGACCAUGCUUUUUUUAAAAAUAAAGCUAUUUCUGAAAGGUUUCUAAUGGAAAAAAGCGUUGAAUAAUACUUCGUUUUGAGUGCCAAAUCACUUGCGAGUCUAUACAGCAAUUCUACAUAUGAUACGAAUAUCACUAGACCAAAAAAUAGCUACGAAAUAAUAUUUUUAAAUUUUUUUAUACACUGCCAACUGACUCAACUGUAAAACAUUUGCAAAAUUGUAUACAAACGUUGUUUACUUCUCAAGAAAACGUUCACGUUUUUAGUCGUGUUUCUACAAGAUUAAAGUGAUUAUAUGUAAACAGAAAAAUAUUUCAGUUUCAUAGCCUAAUUGUUCAUUUUUAGCAAAAAGUACAAAACCAAACAUGAAACAAAAAAACACGUCCACCUGUUAAUAGGCUGUUACAGCUCAUAGAUUGAGUAAACGGCAGGAUUCAAUUAGCUUCAACCUUGUUUUCAUCGAUUUAAUCCUUCACAAUAAUCCUUGGCUGUCCAUAGCACUCAAAUAAAUCGAAAAGUUGACAAAAACAAAACAGUAAAAACAACAUUGCGGCUCGAUUUUGCUGAAUGAAAACUCGUUCUGCGCCCGCGUACAAUCUUUUACUAGUCAGCGACGCUUUUCAAUAGGGGAAUUUCUCGAGUUACACGAGGCUAUUUUCUAACUUUAUUUGCAUUUUACUCAUUAGUUUCAUCGGUGACCUAUCUUCAAAUUUUGACCACGAAUUUAUUUUGCGGUAAAUUUUAUAAAUUUCAAAUUUUAAAAAAAUCUGUAGUGUGGAAAUUUCGCAAUAAAUUUUUCGCUUUUAAAAAAAUCACACACUACAGAAUUUUUUUAAACUUUCACCACAGUUGCAGAGCAUCAUUCCUUAUUGAUAUAUGAAAUAAAAAAGAUAGGUCACCGACAUCGUUUUUGAGAUAGCGGCACAUUUAUGGGUUAAAUUGGAAGGCUUUAUGCUGUCGUCAUGUUGCCAUGGGAACAUUGACAUCGUCGAAAUCUAGUUCGAAAUAUUCCUUAGGUGGCCAAUAUUGCCACCAAGUCGAAAAGAAUUCGCGUUCUGCACGAAUAAGCCUGUUUUACGGAAUUAUUGCUUAAACAAGAAUAACUGUAGGGAGCCACCUUAAAUUGAUUAUUUAAUUUUGGGUUCAGACAUGAAGUACAGGCCAAGUAAACUUUGACUCUAAGUACUGCUGGCUCAUGUUAUCGUUGUGACAAUCAAUAUGGAGAUUAGCCAUGUUUUUUGCGUUUUUGAAGUUAACGUUAAGAAAUUUAAUAGAGAUUAUUAAAUUUGGUUUCUCAUGUUAUACUCAGUGUGUUUUCUUUUAAAUUUUUCCCGACCUACCGACCUGGGUUUUUUUAAGUCAAAUCCGUAAACCAAUAAAUAAAAAAAGUCUUGCCUCAUGUCAUUCGUAUUCUAUUCUCACAACGGCUGCGAAGAGUAAAUAUUUCGAUUAUGCCAAGUUAUAGGGCCAAUCAUAGGACAUUGUCUGACCAUUAUUAUCCAUUAUUAGUAUCCAAAGAUUGAUACACAAGCACUGGAUCGUCAAAUCAAGAAGAUUAUGGCGGUAAUCAACUUUUUAUUAUUCAAUUUCGCUAACUUUUACGUUAUAACCAGCUGCAAGUUAAUGAAAAAAUAUUAAGUAUAGGUGGAAAUUGACACACUCAUCUAUAAUCAGCUACCCACAUAAAAAUCUCACAACUUGUCAACAAGAUGUGUUCGCAUGCAACAGGCUUGUAGCAAGCUUGUCAACAAGUUGUGACAAUGCUGUUAUUUUAUCAAGUUGCAACAAGGUUGUCACUCACAACUUGUUGACAAAUUGUUGAAUUCCAGGACGAUAACAAGUUGUUGGAACAACCUGUAACAAGUCUGUUGAGGUCAAAAACUGUGUAGCAAGUUGUCAACAAGCCGUUGUCAACAAUCAGUGCGAACACAUCCUGUUGACAAGUUGUUGGAACAGCAUUGCUACACGUCUGCUGCAGGUUUGUUACAACUUGUGCGUUUUUACGUGUGUACCUGCAACCACUAUGUGGGGAUGAUUCGUUGUGUUCAUCAUUUUCAGGAAGUUAUACCGUGUUUAAAUGAUCACAUGGAAGACACAUGCUCAAUAGAAUUACUGGAGUACAUUAGAAAAAUGGUUAUGGGUAUGAUACAACAGAAAAACGAAGCAAAAGUAUGUACCUACAAUAGUUGUAAAGAAUACGAUAUUUCCUUCAAUUACACAUGUAAAUUGUCCAUCAUUAAUGUGUUUUUGUGACUAUUUAUCUUGCUCAAUUACAUCAGGAGUUCAGUAGAUUCUUCCACAAACAGUUGGAAUCCAUAUUACAAGAUUCUCUAGCGAAGUUUAUUGGAAAGCGGUGAGAAUUAAAUUUACAUUCAUGUCGUUCAUCCCUGGCGAUAUGGCGCGUUUUUCUUGUAUCGUAGAGAUAUACAAUCAGUGAUAAAAUACUUUGGACAGAAUACAAAAAUCGCGCACGUUUAUAAGAUGUGUAAUCGACCCCGGCCGCGCGCCCGUUCAAUGUUGUUUGGAAAAUGUUGCGAGGGAGGGAUGGUGUUGCUGAACGUCAUGCUGAUCAGUAUUUCGAAAUGUGCAGUUAUCUAUAUAGUAUAUUACUGUCCAAAAGCUUUUUGUCACUGUUUGUAGAUUACGAAGUGAAUUUCUUUUAAGGGCGAUUUUCUUCUUCUGAUGGAUGUGAACGAGUGAAGAAUGAGUUAUGAAUUAUUGAAUGUUCAGAUGAGUUACAUAUGCUCAGAACAUUCAAAACUCAUCUACUCAUUCACAUCCAUCAGAAGACGAAAUCGCAGCAAAAAUUGCAAGUGUGAACCGUCCCUUUGUAUUUCUUCUAGUAUGAAGGACUGCGGUGAAGAUCUACUGGUAGAUAUUUCUGAAAUCCUGUUCAAUGAGCUAGCAUUUUACAAGCUGAUGCAGGAGCUAGAUGGGUGUGUAUAUAUUGCGACAAUAAUCAAUAGAAAAAAUUCGCUUGCAUGUCAAUCAGAUGCAACUUGACCAUUUCAGAUGACGUAUCGUAACAGAUUCGUUGUUUAGCUUGUAGUAGUAGCAAAAUUCGCUUGCAUGACAAUUAGAUGUAAAUUGGCCAUUUCGGGUAAAUUUACAUCUAAUUGUCAUGCAAGGGAAUUGUCUAUUUGUCUCAGAAUAAAGUUGUAUAAGUUAAUUUGCUGUGUGGUAUUUACCGUCCAUGUACUGUACGUCUUCAGCGAGGUAGAAGCCUAAAGGAAACAGUCUUGAAAUGAGGUUGAAAUAUGUUCAACACUAAUUCCGAAGGGCGUUCUUCUCACCGUCACUUGGGGACGAUAAAGAAGAGAUCAUAUAUUUGUGUUUAUCAUUUUAGGGGAGCAAAGGCAAAAUUCUUCAACAGAGAACAGGUAUGUAGGUUAUCAAAUGAACUACAUUUCAAAAAUUUCAAGAGAUAAACCCUAUCACCGUUAUCAAAACAUUUUGCUUUGUUGACAAAUUGUAUAUCAUUUUCUCUGAUAGAAAUACCGGAUGGAAAAUGCGGCAGCCCGCAACAGCCGUAAUCAGGAAGACAAUCCUGGGGAAACUAGGUGAGUUUAAAAGAUUUAGACUGGUUGUACGGUCUCUUAUAUACCCAUCAGAUUGUAUAGCAUCUUAAAAAACUCAAUAAUUCAGGAGGAAAACAUAAAGAAAAAUCAUAAGCGUGUCGUGGUUUUAUAUGUGAUGAGAAAUCAUGUUAAUUUACAUAAACUUUAGCUUUGAUUUUCUCGGUUUAGACAAAGUUUAUUUUAAAAAUUACUUCGCCAAUGAACUCGUAUAAGUGAGUCGUUUUUUAAGCUAUUUAAAGCACUUGUAGUCGUGUUUUAUCACAUAUAAAACACUCCGCUACGCGUCGUGUUUUAUAUGUGAUAAAACACUCCUAUACGCGUGCUUUAAAUAGUACUUAAACCUCGCUAAAAUACUAAAAACGUUUGUAGGAAGCUUGCUAAUGGGACAAAAGCAUUUAACGCUAAUUAUAGGCAGAAGGCCUUCAUAAGCUUUUAAGCAAAAUAAGGUGUUGUUCAACAAUCAUGCUUUGAAACUUGGUUAUCUCUAAUCUUUAAGUACUGGUGUUUAAUAAUAAUAGGAAACAAUAUAUAUAUAACUAUCACGCUGGAAAAAUUGGGAGAAUGUUAAGUUCAUAUUGUUCAAUUAUCAUUGUUCGUUGUCCAUACAUGCUUUCUGCAGUUGUAAAAGUGGUUUGCGAAUUUUUUGUACUCGUCUAAUGUGUUCGUUUGAUGAAAGUUUCUCAUAUUCCUUUUGUGUUUAAGUCAAAACACGACAGCAGAAGUGAAAGAUGAGGACGAAGUUGUAGUUGAGAAUGAGAAUGCUGAAGAUCAGGAAGAUGAAGGCUCUUCAAGUUCAUCAUCAGAAUGGCAAGUUGUUGAUGAAACAACUGAAGAUAAACCAGAAGAUAUGAUGUCACGUGAACAGCUCGAACAGGAUGAAGAAACUUUAGGAAGAGAUAGAGAUGAUGCUAUGGCAGAAGAAUUUGAUGAACCAAGAGAGUAAGUAUCAGUUUUAUGCCGUAUGUACAUAAUGUGUGUUCCAUUGAACCAAUCAAAAAUUCAAAAUACUGCAUUUUGCAGAUGCACUGCCUUGGCAUAAAAUAAAUAAUGAUACAAACGGACCAACCAUGAAGUAAUUUCUGUAUUAUAUAGUUUUGACGCAAGUGAAGUAUAUCUAGCCUUAAAACAGAUUUUUAACCAUUUCUUUAUUUUCUUGUUAGAAUUUCAAUAUUCUUUGUGUGUUUUCGUGACGACAGUAUAGUCGCUUUAUUAGUGUUAAAGGCCAAUAAACUUCGCUAAAGCGAGCCCGAAGUAUAAAUUAUCGAUUAGUUUAUAUUUAUCCAUUUCUUGUCCGAAUUCGAAACAAAGAAGUUCUUUUUCAGCAUUUUACCUGGUGUGUUUUCCUGACGACAAUAUUACCUUUUGUUUAUUGGCAUAUAAGUCAACAAUCCCACUUUCACGACUUUGAUAACAUGCACGUACUUUUACGUUACUGACAAUCUUGUAUUAUUUUCAGCGAAGCCGAAGCAGCAGACACAGAAUCAUCUCAGGUAAGAUAAGUAAGAUUUAAAAGUUUUCUUCAAGUUAGUUGAUUAAUAUCUGCAUGAAAUAAUUAAAUUUCUUUCUUUAGUGCAUCAAGAUUGUUGAACUUUCCAUGAGUGAAUCAAGACCACUAGCUCGGUACGUAAGUGUUAAAUUAGCAUUAUGCAGUGUCCAGGAUAUCAGAUUAAAUACCAUGUGGUAUAUCCUAAAAUACACAUUUCGAAGUACUUUACAGUUGUAAGCCAAUACCAAUGUACUUUACUAUAUUAUUGUUAGUGCUGUGCAAACUCCGGUUUUUCGGCUCCGGCCGAAUUAUAGCUCUGAGCUCCGGCCACAUCAUAAAAUAUUAAAUAAAUAUUUUAAUAUUUUACGAUCAGAGAACAUUUAUUAAUAUUAUUAUGAAUAACCCUUUUCAUGCUUCCUAAUUAUCAGAUAACAUAACUCAGGAAACAAAACAGUGAAAUAUCUAUAUGGAAACCAGCCAGUGUUGCAAUUUUUAUAUAGCAUGACGCGAGGCAUGACGCUAACACUCUCAGACUCCACAGCGCAAUUGUUCGCAUGCAAACAAAGUACUCUGUCAUUUUCAAAAGGUUGAUAUUUAUUUGUUUCGUACUUUUUCGUUAUCUACAAGGCAUGAAUACACAGACUAUGUAGCGCUAAGUCAGAUGGCUUCAUGAAAGCAUUAUGACGUUUGUAAGUUGCGAUCGUAUUACAGCUUUUCCACGCUGUUCCUGUGGGCUGUGGCAGUUUGAGUUUAUGAUGAAUUCAUUAACAGCAAUUGGCAGUUUGCAGUAACUAACAAUCGUUUGACAUUUGUCUCAUUUCAUAUUGUUUUCUUGUCAUUUUGCCGGAGCUAGGAAAACGUAACUCCGGCUCCGGGCUCCGGCAUACAAAAUUCGGCUCCGACGGAGCUCCGGCAGAACUCCGGCAGCUCCGGAGCACAGCACUAACUACUGUAUACUAUAUUUAUGAAGUAAACACACAAAUAAACAAUUAAAAAUAGGCAUUCGUUGAGUCCAUAUAAGGUAAACAUUGCCCGUUAAAUAAGAUUUUUCGCUAGUCCAGUUAGAACCUGGCAAUUUCAGUCUGGCUCUCCGUGCGCCACGUUUGACUCCAGUAAGAUCCCAUUAGGCGGGCUGGCCCAGUUUCCAUGUAAAUCGAAUAUAUUUCGUAAAGCGAAUUUGUAUGAAGUCACGCGUCUUGAUUAACUAAGCCAGCCCUCCUUCGGGCCUCGUAUAAACAGCCCCGAAAUAUUUCACACAAUAAUAAGGAAGCGUGUCAGGGUCAUGCAUUGUUGUUUUUAUCUUACCCCCAGUAUGCAACAAAUGAAAAUGCUUUGUUAAGUACAUUUCCUUUAUACAUCAGAUAAAGGGAGAGCGGAUUGCCGAAGGAUGUUGAGAUAUAUGAUGGAUUAAAAAACAUCCACAUCUUGUGUGAAUUUGAGCCCGCAAUAUCUAUCUAGAAUAACCAACAUUUGUGGUCCUUGUAUGAUGUAUAAAAGUGUAACUACAGCUUAAAGGGUUAUUACCAUAUGUCCCGCCUGUUUCAGAUUUGAAAAUACGUGCAUACUAAACGCUAACAUCGCCAUCUGUAUAAAUUGUUAACAUUAAGUAAAACCUUAAAUCAGCUUGACAAAUCGCAAUUUGUAAUCGUAUGCAAACUGUAUUUAAUAACUUUUCCAGUAAUGGCAGUGAUGAAGAAAGUGAGGUGGAUAUCGCUGGUGAAGUUAAUGAAGAGAAUGCUGAAGGUGCAGUUUGGAAUGGAAAUAUGAAUGGAAGUCAAGAUCACAACAUGUUACCAAGUCAAAUGGCAGCUGCUAAUGGAGCCGAGGCAGCUGCAGAAGAAGAGGAAGGGGCAAGUGGCAGUAAUGAAAACAAACAGGUUAGGACACUCUACUCGUCUUUUCAUUAUAACUUAUGUGUAUUCUCAUAAAUUGAUAUGUAUAUUAAUAAACGACACGAAACGUAAUAUAUGUGAGAUGGUUGGCAACAAGCGGUGGUAAAAUCAUGGUACCUGCUGUUUUUCGUAUUAAAUUAAAUUUAGUGUUUGUCUUUGUCCUUGCGUUGACGGAGGACUGGCUCCAAGAUGUUAUUAUUAAAAUUUGCAUGUUCCCCUAAGGGCUUUUCAACAUUACAUAUGAAGAUGUUCUUUAAGUUUUUUCUUAAAAAUUUUUUCUUAUCAAUUCGUCAUCGAUUUCAUUGGCCUUAUCUUUACCGCACGAUAGUGAAAUGUUCUUUGCCCGCUGCAGUUCUUAGUUUUAUAACUUGGGAUAUCUAAACAGUGGUUAUUUCUAGUCUGGCAAUUAUGAAUAUCGGAUCUUUUUACAAACUUAUCUGCAAGGCAACUUGGCGCAAGAUUGUUCAGACAUUUUUAAGCUAUUACCGUGUCCUUGUAAAUGAGUAACUUUUUAACAGAUAGAUGGUUUAAGAGUUUUUCCCAAAACCUUUAGGUUGAUUUGUGUUGAUAGAUUCUGUAGCAUUGAUCUUGUACCCACUAAGAGGAAUUUGGUUUUGUCAGGGUUAAUAAACAGUUGCAUGGUGUUCCAUGUAUCAUUUAGUAGAUAUGAACUUGUCCGAAAACUUUCAGAACCUUGGUAACUUUUGGCAUGACUUAGUUGACGUAUUCAUUUGUUGUUUCUUGCUAUUUUUACCAAAGGAAGAAGACCAAGAUGACGAUCUUCCAACAAAAUUUACAGGCUUAACUGAGGUACGUUAAGAAUUUUAAGGAAGGAGAUCUGACCCUUCAGGAUAAUACCUACCACUGUGAGUAACCUGAAGUUCAGGCCCUAAUCACAGAAUAGGGCCUGACACAAAACCUGUCUAGACCGUGGGACGCCCACAUGUUAUUUUUAAAUACAGCAUGAUUGACAAGUGUUGUAAAUUUCGUAUGAUCUCGUGGCACAAAAAUUUAUAUUCUCAUGAACAUGUCCGCAGAGUGUGCAUUUUGCUUUUUAAUUAAACUUAAAAAUUCAAGGUACCUUUAUAUAAUUAAGAGUCAGUUUCUCUAUUUAACCGAACAGCAAACAAAGAUUUAAUUAGUCAGUUCUGUGCACGGCUUGACUGCCAAGCUUUCUCAAGGUCUCAACUUGCUGGACGCGGAUAUACUCUAACGGGCUAACAACAGCAACAAUGAAAUUCUCAAUCGUACCACAAAGAAGGCGAUGUAGCUCAGAAAACAACGCCGGUAGGACCUGAUAUUAAAAAUAAGACUUUUGCCGGCGAAGCCAGUUGGCAGAACAUCUUGGCUGUCAACAACAAGCUUUCGAAUGUAUGACUAGUUUGGCUGUUCUUCAGCGUCGUGUGUCCAAAAUUCGUCAAAGAUUUUGAUAAAGCCCUUUCAAAAUACUGUUUGUUUGAUUUAUUUUCUGCCAUAAAGCAUAAAAGAAAAGAAAUUCGAAGAAAUCGAUAAUGGAAUUUGUUACGUGCGUUUGACCUUUAUAUUAAUUGUCGCCUUGAGCCCUUGAUUAAAACGGUUGUUUAUGUGAACUUGCAACCAAUCAAAAUCUUUCAUGAUGCUGUUCAACCAAUCAGAUUUCCCGUCCACCAGAUGGACGGGAAUCCCACUGUUUAGAUAGGUUUUGUGUCGGGCCCUAUUCUGUGAUUAGGGCCUGAACUUCAGGUUACACUGUGAGUGGCUUUUUCACACUGAUCUCAUGGUUUAUAUUUUGGACAACAGCUCCCUUUCACGCCUGCUGCGCAACGUUUUGGGUUUUCACGUGUAAUUAUUUUAGUAUAUUACGAUAGUUGUCUUAUAAUUAUGAUUGAACUUGUUUUAUUCUUUAAGGCUGAUUUACAAGUGAAAAUAGCAGAAGAGCAAAGUCGUAAUGAUGGUAUUAGUGGCAUUGUUGUGUCUAUGGAUAACGGAGAUGGUGUGUUUCGUUUAAGUUGCUAUUUUUUUAGAAACAAUGUUGAUUUAAAAACGAUAUGCAGGGAAUGUGCUAUGUAUAAGAUUCUCCAGCGGUGGAGAAUAGGGAGUGGGAAUUUAGUUGGCUAGCAUGUUCCAGUGUCCUGGUGCAGUGACUCGAACACAAUUAAAAUUAAGCUAAAUCGACAGCUGCUCGUUGAGAGAUACAACUACCUGAAAAAUAUAAGCAGAAGGCCGAAGAAGGGCUUUGCUCGAAACGUCGUAGCUCAGCUUAUAUUUUCAGGUAAUUAUAUCCCUCUCAAUCCCCAGCUAUCUGUUAUCGUCGCUACCUACACUGGCCGUUCAAGAUUGGCCUGUCGAGACCUUUACCCAUUUGUUGCACCGUUUAUUAGGUACAGUUCAAAGUAUUUAAGAAGAUAUUGUUGGUUAUUCCCCCUAUGUUAUCCGCCACUGAGCUUAACCACAUCCUUAUACACUAUAUAUUCUAUAAACCUGCGUUAAAUCUGAUUUGUGGCGAAAAUCCAAAACAAUUUAUUCACAUUAUUAGUUCACUUUUCUUCCUUAAGACUCGUUUUUGCUCAGCAAUUUUUGCUGCGAUUCAAGGUGCGAUUGUCUUCUUCUGAUGGAUGUGAACGAGUGGAUAAGUUAUGAAUGUUCAGAUGAGGAUACAUGUGCUCAGAACAUUCGUAUCUCCUCUACUCGUUCACAUGAAAAUCGCACUAGAAAUCGCAACACAAAUUGCAAGUGUAAACGGGCCAUUAAGUUACAAUUGUUCUCAUGCACAAGAAAGAGGUUUCAAUCUUACUGUAUUAAGAUAUUCUGUCUUAUUUAGAACUUGCUGGAGAUCCCAACGCUAUCCCAGAACCAGGUAUUAACGAAUAUAAGCACUGACAUUUUAGAGCAUGCCGUCUGCCACACUGAAUUGUAUGAGCGCAUGCACGCCUUCGAAUUUGUACAAUAAUGUAUAUUUUACCAUAUUAGCAAAUUUGAUGUCAGAUUUACCAUUAAUUCUGUUACGUCUUGUGGAAAACGCCCUAAAUUUCGAAGAACUAUCAGCCUGGGAACAACUCCUGUGCACGAUGACUAUAACUACGUCCAUAUCUGCUUCCCAGAAAAUAUGACAUUCGUUUAUUUCAUGUCGUUCAUUUUGUUAUCCCUGGAAAUAGACAAUUAUAUAUAUUUUUGUCAUUUAAUAAAAUAUGAAAGAUCUUUCACCUACCCUUCAAGAUCCCUGCACGCGGCUUUAAGCUUCCAACCCCUGUGGAUUGCAUGCAUGAAUAUACGAGAACAAUUCUGAACUAUAACUUAAUGUUUCUUUAUAACAGAAGGAUCCGCUCUAGUGAAUGGAGAUGCCCAUGAUGAGCCUGAAAAUUGAGCUUUGGCCAU